AUGGGCUUGAGCCACCUGGGGCUCUCCUCUCGAUUAUGUGUGAUUCUACUUUUCCAGUUUUCUGUUUCUGAGUGCCAGAUGGUAAAGAGUCCUUGUCAUAUAAAAAGAGAUUAUAGGCCCACAUAUAGAAAGGAAGGGGACUUAGUCAUAGGGGGAUUCUUAUCCUUAUUUUUGAUGUAUAAGCCUCCUGUGGAAAAGACAUUCUUCAAAAUUUCUCCUAGAUGGCCUGGUGCUAGCACACAGCAAAUGCGGAAACAUUACCAACAUUUUCUCGCUUUUCAAUUUGCUGUGGAUGAGAUCAACAAGAACCCUCAUUUACUGCCCAACAUAACCCUGGGAUACCAGUUGUUCAAUAACUUGCAUGACACCAAACUAGCUGUGGAGAGCUCCUUGGUAUGGCUGUCAGGGAGGGGCCCAACGAUCCCUAACUAUAGCUGUGACAGGCAGUCCAAUUCAGUGGCUGUCAUUGGAGGGAUGUCACCUACCCUGUCCAUGUCCAUGGCCACCACUCUAAAGCUUUAUAAAGUCCCACAGAUCAGCUAUGGCUCAUUUGAUCUUCUCCUGGCUGAUAAGGUCCAGUAUCCUCAUGUCUAUCAGAUGGGAAGCAGGGAUUCCACUCUGCACCUUGCAGUUGUCCAACUGAUGCUACAUUUUGGCUGGAAUUGGGUGGGGCUGGUUCUUUCAGAUGACACAAGAGGGGAAAGUUUCUUCAGUGAUUUGAAAAAGGAGAUGCUUCGUAAUGAUCUCUGUGUAGCAUUUAAAGCAAAUGUCCCAAAAUUCCUUAACCCUGAAAAUUCUGGACUUCUUAUACUCUUUUAUAGAAUCAUUGUAUCAUCAUCAAAUGUCAUUUUCCUCUAUGGAGAUACAGAGUCUUUUUAUGAAUUUUCUAUUGCAAUGAGUGAUUUUAUAUUGUAUGGGAAGAUGUUGGUCACUACUUCUUCCUGGGACUUUUCUAUAAAUCCUAUAGAUAAUAUAGUUAACCAUUUUCAUGGUACAAUAUUAUUUUCCCAUCCCAAGAUUAAGGUUCCUGGAUUCACAAAAUUUCUAAGAAGAUUGAAUCCCCAUGCCAACCCUGAGGACAUUUUCUUGAAGGCUUUUUGGGAAUUAAUUUUUAAAUGUAAACUUUCAGUAAAACAUCCUGUAGAAGUGAUAUAUCCUUCAUGCAGAGAAAGUUUGUCCUUGGCACAUGUUCCUGCUAUGUAUUUUGACAUGUUCAUAAUGGACCUAAGUUCUAAUGUGUACAAAGCAGUGUAUUUAGUUGCCCAUGCUCUCCAUCAAAUGCUACAGACUGAGGCAAAAGAGACUUCAGAACUUGGAUCAAACCCAGCUGUCUCUUGGAAGCUCCACCACUUCCUGAAGUGCAUCAAUCCUGUCAAUAGUGCCAGGGAUGAGACAUGUGGGGAUGGUGCCAGGAUGCCUGCUGAGACAUAUGAUAUCCUGAAUUUUAAAUUCUUCCCUGGAAAUAUUGAAACAUUUGUGAAAGUAGGUGAAGUGCUGCCUCAUGGUCAGGGAUUCAGCAUUAAUGAAGAAAACAUAGAUUGGCCAGAAGAUUUUCCUCAGACUCCAAUUUCCAUAUGUAGUCAGAGUUGUGGCCCUGGAUUCAGGAAGGCAGUCUGUGAAGGCCAGCCAUUCUGCUGCUUUGACUGCAUCUCAUGUCCUCAAGGGAAGAUUUCCAACCAGACAGAUGCAAAGCACUGUGUGCAGUGCCCUGAAGAUCAGUACCCAAGCAAGGAGAGAGAUCGAUGUCUCCCCAAGACUGUGACUUACCUAACCUAUGAAGAGCCUCUGGGAAUGACUCUAGCCUGUGCAGCUCUCUGCUUCUCCCUCCUCACUUCUCUGGUCCUUGGAAUAUUUGUGAAGCACAGAGACACCCCCAUAGUCAAAGCCAAUAACCGCAAUCUCAGCUACACACUUCUGGUCUCCCUCACCCUCUGCUUCCUCUGUUCUUUGCUCUUCAUUGGCCAUCCUACCACUGCCACUUGUCUCCUGCGACAAACCACAUUUGCAGUUCUGUUCACAGUGGUCAUUGCCUCCAUCUUGGCCAAAACCAUCACUGUGGUUCUGGCCUUCAGGGCCACAAAGCCAGGGAGCAGGCUCAGGAGGUGGUUGGGCUCCACAGCAUCUUAUUCUCUCAUUUUAAUCUGUACUCUAAUUCAAAUGUGUCUCUGUGGUAUCUGGCUUGGGACAUAUCCCCCAUUUCUAGAGAUGGAUCUCCAUGCUGAGCCUGGCUUCAUUGUCCUUCAGUGUAAUGAGGGCUCCAUCAUUACCUUCUAUUGUGUCUUGGGCUACAUGACCUUGCUGGCCUUGAUGAGUUUCAUGGUGGCUUUCCUGGCCAGGAAUCUGCCGGACACUUUCAAUGAAGCCAAGUUCCUGACCUUCAGUAUGCUUAUAUUCUGCAGUGUCUGGAUCUCCUUCCUGCCCACAUACCAGAGCACCAAGGGGAAAUCUAUGGUGGCCAUGGAAGUCUUUUCCAUCUUAACUUCCAGUGCUGGGAUUCUCACUUGCAUCUUUGCUCCCAAGUGCUAUAUGAUCCUUCUGAGGUCUGACAGAAAUACCCUGAAGAUACUGAAAAGCAAAGCUAAUCCCUGAGGAGCCAGGUGUUCUCAAGCACUUACUCACCAAUCACAGGGAGUCUUGAAGAGGAUCAAUGAUAUCACAAGAGUAAUGUUUUUACUUAUGGGUGAAUUGGCUUUAAGAGAGGAAGAGCUGUGCAAAGUCAUCGGCCUCAUUUCUUCCUCCAGAAUCAAUGAAGUCUAGUGGUAAGACAUUGGGAUAUUGACUGGGAUGUCAUGGUUGACCUUGGCCUUUCUAAAUUAAGGUCUUUUCUGGGCUUUAAUACCUAAGAA